AUGGCCGCCGCGCUCAGGUCCCCGGCCUCCGUCAUGGUCGUCUCGGGCCCCACCUCCGCCUCGGGUCUCGCCAAGGCGCGUCAGCAGGCGCCCAGGGUCGUCGCGGUGGGCGGCGCCGGGGCUUGGCGGCAGCACCCGCGGAGCCGUGGCGCCGCCGUCCGGGCGUCGCUGUUCUCGCCCAAGCCCGCGGCGGCCAAGGACGCGCGGCCGACCAAGGUGCAGGAGCUCUACGUGUACGAGAUCAACGAGCGGGACCGCGAGAGCCCCGCCUACCUCCGCCUCAGCGCCAAGCAGACCGAGAACGCGCUCGGCGACCUCGUCCCCUUCACCAACAAGGUCGGGCAGCUUCGCUUUCGCUUCCGUUCCCCUCUCUCUCUCUCUCCCCUCAGCCAGCCAUCCUCUGACUUGCCCCCUCUCCACCCCCACCCCACGCAGGUGUACAACGGCAGCCUGGACAAGCGGCUGGGGAUCACGUCGGGGAUCUGCGUGCUGAUCCAGCACGUGCCCGACCGCAACGGCGACCGGUACGAGGCCAUCUACAGCUUCUACUUCGGCGACUACGGCCACAUCUCGGUGCAGGGACCGUACCUGACCUACGAGGAGUCGUACCUGGCGGUCACGGGGGGCUCCGGCGUCUUCGAGGGCGUCUACGGCCAGGUCAAGCUCAACCAGAUCGUCUUCCCCUUCAAGAUCUUCUACACCUUCUACCUCAAGGGCAUCCCGGACCUGCCCAGGGACCUGCUCUGCACGCCCGUCCCGCCGUCCCCCACCGUCGAGCCCACCCCCGCCGCCAAGGCCGCCGAGCCGCACGCCUCCAUCAACAACCACACCGACUGA